AUGGGACUAAACUGGGGUGCCGGAAAAUUAUACGGCAUCUGCACAACUCCAUCAACGUCUCUAACAGACGAACGAUUGGAUAAUGGUACGGCUACGAUACAGUGCAACUUACAGAUGUACAUCGAUGAAGCGCUGGGAGGAACGGAAUCAUACCUAGACCUUUUUUCGGCAUAUACCUCCUUGACCCCAGCACUACGCUAUGCAAAAAAUGUCGAAAAUGGUAUCACAAAUCCAGAUGUCGUUGAAUAUAUCGGUUCACCGGAGCAAUACACUUAUUACAUG